ACCACAACACCGCCGUCAUGCCUCACUCGUACGGUCUGCGCGCCGGCACUCGGUAUGCCUUCAGCCGCAACUUCAAGGAACAUGGCAUGAUCCGCCUGUCCACCUACAUGAAGACCUACCGUGUUGGUGACAUUGUCGACCUCAAGGUUAACGGUGCCGUCCAGAAGGGUAUGCCCCACAAGGUCUACCACGGCAAGACCGGUGUCGUCUACAACGUGACCAAGUCCUCCGUCGGUGUCCUUCUGUACAAGCGUGUCGGCAACCGCUACCUCGAGAAGCGCAUCAACGUCCGCAUCGAGCACGUCCAGCACUCCCGUUCCCGCGAGGAGUUCAUCAACCGUGUCAAGGAGAACGCCAUCAAGAAGCGCGAGGCUAAGGAGAAGGGCAUCCACAUUCACCUGAAGCGCCAGGCUGUCGGCCCCCGCGAGGGCCACCUCGUCAGCGCCGCCGGUAACGCCCCCGAGACCGUCGUCCCCAUCGCCUACGACACCCACAUCUAA